AUGGUAUGGGAGAAGGGCAAGGGGAGGGGGAAGGGGAAGGGGAUCCGCGGCAGGGAGUCGGCGGCGCAAGGCGGCGGCGGCGGGGACGAGGAGGAGGAGGAGGAGAUGGAGGACCUGGUGUUUCUCGUGGGCGUGGCGCGCAAUAACACUCUCGUGGCGCGCUACACCACGGACGUGAAAUUCGUAGCAGUGGCUCAGCACGUGCUGGACGCCGCGCCGCCGUUCCUCUCCAAGGUGUCUCUCGCGCACGACACGCUCAUGGCCCUGCUGCUCGUGGAUACGAGUCAUACGACCGGCGGCGGCGGCAGCAGCGGCGGCGGCGGCCACAACAGCUCCAGCGUCACCACAACGGGCGUGCUUAUAGCGAGGAUGUGCGGGGGCGAGUUUGGGCGCACAGACGGGUACAACCUCCUGAGGAAGGUCCUGAAGGCGUUCAAAGAGGCCAGCACGUCUCACCGCCGCUCUGCCAGCAGCGUGUUCAUCCGCUCGCUCUCUGCUGGCGCCGGGUUGCUUACUGGGUCUCGGGGGAAGGAAGGCGGAGGAACUGGCGGUGGUGGAGGAGGAGGAGCGGGGGGUGGCGGUGGUGUUAAUGGUUCUGGCAUGGCCAAUUCUGCUUCGGGUGGCGCGGCCGGUGCGUUCCCUACCAGUGUUUCUGUCUCUCGCGCUGUUACUGGAGGAGCAGGAACAGGACCAGGAGCAGCAGGAGCAGCGCGGGGGAGGGAGGGUAAGUCUGCUGACGUGCGCUCUCUGGCAGCGGCGGCAGCGAUAGCAACGGAGCUAGGCAUAAACGUGCCACGGCUGGAGAGUAAGUUGCGAGCCAUGGUGAUCCAGUACCGAGCGCCCGUGCAAGACCCUGAGCUCAUCUUCCCCUACCGGGACGCUCCCGGCGCGUACCUGGUCCAGCCGCCCGAGCCUGAGCCCAAAGCUGAGGCGGAGGCCCGGGUGAGGAAGGAGCGGGCGAAACGACUACUGGAAGACGAGCUGAACCUUAUAACGGAGCAGAUGAUGGAUGAUGCGAGGCUGGAGGGUGGAGGUGAAGGAGGGGGAGGGGGAAGGGUGGCGGUGGCUGUGCCGGUUCGGCCGAGAUUCUCCCGAAGCCAUGGGUUUAGGAGCCAGUCGGAGGGGAAUUUGGUGUGGGGGUCGAAGGAGGAGCAAUACCUUUUGGAAGAGGUGGAGGAGGGGAAAGAGGAGGGGAAGGAGGAGGGGAAGGAGGAGUGGAGAAGGACAGAGAGCAGCAGCGGGGUUGCAGGGGAGACUGGGACACCUGCAAAUACAUCUCAAGUAGGCGCAGCUCCAGUUCCUUCUGCUGCCAAUGCGCCCCCCCUGCUGUCCCUGCUGCCAUCCCCACUGCCGCCCCCGCUGCCGCCCCCGCUGCCGCCCUUGCUGCCGUCCUUGCUGCUGGCCCCACUGCCACAUCUCGUUGCACAUCGUUCCUUUCCCCUCACCUCUCCUCCUUCGCCGCUCCCUGCCCCUCCCGCCCGCCCUUCCUCCCGCCCUCUCACUCUCCCAUCCGUCUCCCCAUCUCUUUCCCCAUCCCCCUCCCUCUCCCCAUCUGCAGCUGUAGGUGCUCCCUGCCCGGGCAUGCCACCCAGGAGUCCUCUGAAGAUUGCUGCUGGUGGGGGCAGGCGGGAGAUCAUUCUAAUCAAGGAGCCAAAGAAGAGUAGGCGCCAGCGGGCUGCGUCUGUGGGUGGUGGUGCUGGGAGUGGGGUGGUCGGGGCAAUCUGUGCACAGGAGCAGGCCGUGGUUACUGGUGGUGAUGCUAGUGCAGGAGAGCAGCAGCAGAAGGUGGGGGAGGAGGAGAAGAUGCAGGAGGAGCAGGGGGGGGAGGAGCGGAAGAAACAGGAGGAGCAGGGGGGGGAGGAGCGGAAGAAACAGGAGGAGCAGGGGGGGGAGGAGCGGAAGAAACAGGAGGAGCAGAAGAGGCAAGAGGAGCAGGAGAAUCAGAAGGAGGAACAGGAAGGGAAGCAGGAUGAGCAAGUGAGUCUGAUAGCAGGAGGUAGCAAACAACAGGUAGCAAAUAAGCAGCAGCAGCAGCAGCAGCAGCAGCAGCAGCAGCAGCAAGUGAAGGUGGAAACUGCAUUCGUUUCUGGCCUGAGUCAGCCUCUCGGGGGUAGUUCGCCUCGAGAUGACACGGACGUCCCAACACCCAAGGGAUUCACCACACUAUUCUCCUCCUCCUCCUCCUCCUCCUCCUCCUCCUCCUCCUCCUCCUCCUCCUCCUCCUCCUCCUCCUCCUCCUCCUCCUCCUCCUCCUCCUCCUCCUCCUCCUCCUCCUCCUCCUCCUCCUCCUCUUCCGCCUCCUCCACCACCAUCACCACCACCACCCUUCCUCAACCGAAACCCUUUUAUUCGUCGUCCUUCGCUCCCGUGCAAUCCUCUACCGCUACCGAUUUCGCCAGCCUCACCUCUUCAUUCCCGUCCUCCCCUAUAUCCGCCUCCUUGUCCUCAUCCCGGCCGGUCAGUAACCGCGUGCUACGUAGGGGGUGGUCGUCUGAAGUCCCUGGGGAUAGAAGCAGGGGUAGGAGGGCCCCCGGAGAUGGCAGCAGGGGGGGAAUGGGAAUGGGAGGGUACGGGGAACGGGAAAGUGUUUUGGUUGGGGAGUAUUCGAGGCUGAAACGGCCUUCAAGCAGUGGUGGUGGCGGUGGCGGUGGCGGUGGCGGUGGCGGUGGCGGUGGCGGUGGCGGUGGCGGUGGCGGUGGCGGUGGCGGUGGUGGUGGUGGUGGCAGUGACAGCAACGGCUCUAUUUAUAGCGAGGGCAACACGCCAAGCGCCUCUAAGUUCACCAAGGCCGGCCUCUCUCUCCCUCGCACCGGUCUCCGCCUCUCCACAGCACCUCCUUCCGCUUCCUCCUUCUCAGCCCAGUUCCCCGACUCAUCCUUCAACGCAUCGGUGUCCGGCACGUGGCAGCAGUUCAGCCGCUCCCUGCGCCUGCUCUCCCCCUUAGACCUCUGUGGCGCCCCGCCUCAACCCCUGAGAGGAGGCCGGCCAGGUGCUCGGCUGUCUGCUCUCGGGGGGUUUAGGGGGCUUGGGGGAGCAGGGGGCGGGGGGGGUGGGUCGGAGGUGGAGAUGGAGUGUAGGGAAAGGCUGCUAGAGCGGCGCAAGGAGGUGGGGUUCCAGCGGUCGUCCUCGCUGAGUGACGCAGAGGCGUUUCAGCACCUGGGGCUGUAUGGGCUGGACGAGGAGGGGUAUGGGCAGGAUGGGAUUGGGAAGGAGGGCGGCGGGUUGGGCGCCAGGGAGGGGAUGAGAAAGGGUGGGAGUGGCGCUGGGACUGGUUUAGGCUUAGGAGUGGGUCGUAGCUCCAGUAGCAAGUCAGCCGAGGAGAGUGCUUCUGCUGGUGCUUCUGCUGCUAUGGCUGCGUCUCCUGCGUCUGCUUCUGCUUCGGCCGUUGCGGGCGGUGGUGGUGCGAGCUCUGCUGGUUUCAGCGCCGUUGGCUUUGGUGCUGGUGGUGACGUGCUGGGUUUCUUGUCGCGCGGGUUCGGAGGCAGUAGCAGGUCAGCAGGAGGGGCGGUGGUGGCAGGGGCAGGGCGAGUGCAGCAGCAGCAGCAGCAGCAAGGCAGUGGGGGUGCCGGCCUGGUGGCAUGCAUGAGCGGUGCAGCAGGCAACACAGGGAGGUUGAUGGGAGGAGGGGGUCGGAAUGCAGUGGGUGCCAGUGGUGAAGAUGACGAUGACGAGUCGCUGCUGCUGGGUUACUCGAGGAUUGAUGUUGGUGUUGACUCUGCGGGGGGGUCAGGGAGGAGCGGGGAGCAGGAGGAGGGCGUGGGGGCAGCUGUGGGAGUGGGGUUGGGGGUGGGGGUGGGGAGAGCUGGCAUGGCUGUUGGAUCUUCUGGGGUGGUGGCUGCAGAUUCAGCUGAUUCCUCAUCAGCCUCCUUCAUUCCGUCUGGCCUACGGCACAAUAGGCUCUGUCUGCUUGUCGCCGUGUUGGCCCUGCAAGCCCUUGUUGGCGCUGCAAUUGCCUUCCUCGUUCUCUUCACCUGA